GUGGCUUCUUCGUGCUUUUCCUCUUCAUCUCUCAUUGUGACAUCGGCGCGACAUCGGUAGCCCGGAUUAGAUGGUUUAGGCACUUCCUCUCCUAUGCUUACCUACUGAGAGGCAUUUUUCCAUCUUUUCAAGUUCGCGUCGUUUGACCCGCGUCGUGGUCAUUCGAGUGUCAUCAUGGCAAAACUCGUAGACGAUCACCAAAUCAAAUAUGCGUCGCUUCACAAUCCCCUACCCACCCAGCUACACACCUACGUUUGGCCUUUCUUGAUUAUAUGGCCGGCGUUCUUUGCCUUCUACCUGUCUCCUGAGCGCUACGAUACUUACAUCCAAGGCCAGGAAUGGACUUUUGUCUGGACUGGCUCCAUCAUCACGGUUCAAUCGCUUCUCUGGCUGAUGACCAAAUGGAAUAUCAACAUUCAGACCCUGUUCACCGCUACCAAGGCUAGGUCGGUCGAUUCUGCCCGCCUUAUCAAGGUCAUUCCGGCCGCAAACGCCGGCUCCGCUGAAAUCUGUCCGUUGGUCGUUGAUACCCGUGGUGGAAAGAAGACAAUUUCGUUUUUGUUCCAGAAGCGCCGUUUCCUCUUCAACCCCGAGACUCGGUCCUUCGCUCCUCUGUCGUACGUCCUUGAUGCAGAGCCCAAGCCUGCGCUCAAGUUCUUUCAGAAGAGCCAAGGUCUUGCCACUAAGGAAGAAAUCGACCGCGUUCGGCAUCACUAUGGAGACAACACAUUCGACAUCCCAGUCCCCGGUUUCGUUGAGCUCUGGAAGGAGCACGCGGUUGCGCCUUUCUUCGUUUUCCAAAUCUUUUGUGUCGGAUUGUGGAUGUUGGAUGAAUACUGGUACUACUCCCUGUUCACUCUCUUCAUGCUUGUCAUGUUUGAGAGCACGGUGGUGUGGCAACGGCAGAGGACUCUCAGCGAGUUUCGGGGUAUGAGCAUCAAGCCUUAUGACGUUUGGGUUUAUCGCGAAAAGAAAUGGCAGAAGGUCACCAGCGACAAGCUCCUGCCCGGUGAUCUCAUGUCUGUCAACCGCACCAAGGAAGAUGGCGGUGUUGCCUGCGACAUUCUCUUGAUUGAGGGCAGCGCCAUUGUCAAUGAGGCGAUGCUUUCCGGAGAGAGCACACCUCUCCUGAAGGAGUCGGUUCAACUUCGACCCGGAGACGACUUGAUUGAGCCUGAUGGACUGGAUAAGAAUGCAUUCGUUCACGGAGGUACCAAGGUCCUGCAAAUCACCCAUGCAAACACCGCACCUGAAGAUCUCGUCUUCAAGAAUGACUCGAGCAUUCUUCCCACUCCCGAUGCUGGUGCGCUGGGUGUCGUUGUCAAGACAGGUUUCGAGACCAGCCAGGGCAGUCUCGUGCGCACAAUGAUCUACUCCACCGAACGUGUUUCUGCCAAUAACGCUGAAGCCCUGCUUUUCAUUCUCUUCCUUCUUAUUUUCGCCAUUGCCGCUUCUUGGUAUGUUUGGCAAGAGGGUGUUUCGCAGGAUCGCAAGCGGUCAAAGCUCCUUCUGGACUGUGUCUUGAUCAUCACCAGUGUUGUCCCUCCCGAGCUCCCCAUGGAGCUCAGCCUUGCUGUCAAUACCAGUCUGGCUGCCUUGAGCAAGUUCGCCAUCUUCUGCACGGAACCCUUCCGCAUUCCUUUCGCCGGACGCGUGGAUGUUGCCUGUUUCGACAAGACCGGUACACUCACUGGCGAAGAUCUGGUCGUUGACGGCGUCGCCGGUCUUACCCUGGGUCAGGCCGGUGCUAAGGUUGAAUCGGACGGCGCGCACACCGAGCUGGCCAAAGGCGGUAACAUUGGACUCGACACUACGCUGGUUCUUGCAAGUGCUCACGCCUUGGUCAAGUUGGAUGAGGGCGAAGUGGUUGGUGACCCCAUGGAGAAGGCUACUCUGAAAUGGCUCGGCUGGACCCUCGGCAAAAAUGACAUCCUGACUGGGAAAGCUACGCCUGCCACUGGUUCCAUCGUUCCCGAAUCCGUUCAAGUCGUGAGACGGUUCCAGUUCUCGUCCGCCCUCAAACGUCAGAGCACCAUUGCCACUGUUGUCCUUAAUGAUCACAAGGCACACAAGAAGGUCAGGUCCACUUUCGUCGGUGUGAAAGGUGCUCCCGAGACUAUCCGUACCAUGCUAGUUGAUACUCCACCGGGAUACGAAGAGACUUACAAGUACUUCACUCGUAACGGUGCUCGUGUUCUUGCUCUCGCUUAUAAGUAUCUCUCCCAUGAGUCAGAAUUCUCUCGCGGUCGCAUCAACAACUACACCCGUGAGGAUGUCGAAUCUGAUUUGACCUUUGCCGGUUUCCUUGUCUUGCAGUGCCCUUUGAAGGACGAUGCCAUUAAGGCCGUCCGCAUGCUCAACGAGAGCAGCCAUCGUGUUGUCAUGAUUACCGGUGACAACCCGUUGACUGCUGUCCAUGUUGCCCGUCAAGUUGAGAUUGUUGACCGUGAGGUCCUGAUCCUUGAUGCCCCUGAGAAUGACAGGUCCGGGACGAGACUGGUCUGGCGGAGCAUCGACGACAAAGUCAACAUUGAUGUCGAUCCUACCCAAGCUCUUGACCGUCGCAUCUUGGAUACUAAGGACAUUUGUGUCACCGGUUACGCUUUGGCUAAGUUCAAGGGACAGAAGGCUCUACCCGAUCUUCUCCGUCACACUUGGGUUUAUGCUCGCGUCUCUCCCAAGCAGAAGGAAGAUAUUCUUCUGGGCCUCAAGGAUGCCGGUUACACGACCCUGAUGUGUGGCGAUGGUACCAACGACGUGGGUGCUUUGAAGCAAGCUCAUGUCGGCGUUGCCCUUCUCAAUGGUUCCCCUGAGGAUCUUCAGAGGAUUGCCGACCAUUACCGUACAACGAAGAUGAAGGAAAUCUACGAGAAGCAGGUUGGUAUGAUGCAACGUUUCAACCAGCCUGCCCCGCCUGUUCCUCUUCAAAUCGCACACUUGUACCCCCCUGGCCCCAGUAACCCCCACUACCAGAAGGCUAUGGAUCGCGAAGCGCAGCGCAAGGGCGCCUCCAAUCCAGGCGCGCAGAACCAGGCAGAAGCAAUUCCGACUAUUACCUCGCCUGGCGCACAGGCUCUACAGCAGUCCAAUACCAACAUGACCCCCGAACAACAGCACCGACAACAAGCGGCAGUUAGCGCCGCUGGAUUCGCUGACAAGCUUACUACGUCCAUGAUGGAGCAGGAGCUUGAUGACAGCGAGCCUCCGACCCUCAAGCUUGGAGAUGCCUCGGUUGCUGCUCCUUUCACCAGUAAGCUUGCCAACGUUAUCGCCAUCCCCAACAUCCUUCGUCAGGGACGCUGCACCCUCGUAGCAACCAUCCAGAUGUACAAGAUUCUCGCCUUGAACUGCUUGAUCAGUGCGUACAGUCUGAGUGUUAUUUACUUGGAUGGUAUCAAGUUUGGUGAUGGUCAGGUUACUAUCAGCGGUAUGCUGAUGAGUGUCUGCUUCCUCUCCAUCUCUCGCGCGAAGUCUGUAGAAGGUCUGUCCAAGGAACGGCCGCAGCCGAACAUCUUCAACGUUUACAUCAUCGGGUCUGUGCUUGGUCAGUUUGCCAUUCACAUUGUAACCUUGAUCUAUCUGUCAAACUAUGUUUACUCGAUCGAACCGAGACAAUCCGAUAUCGAUCUUGAGGGAGAUUUCGAGCCGUCGCUUCUCAAUAGCGCCAUUUACCUGCUCCAGCUUAUCCAGCAGAUUUCGACCUUCUCUAUCAACUACCAGGGCCGUCCCUUCAGAGAGUCGAUCCGUGAGAAUAAGGCGAUGUACUGGGGUCUGGUGGCAGCAUCCGGCGUCGCCUUCUCUUGCGCAACCGAGUUCGUUCCCGAAUUGAACGAGAAGUUGCGCCUUGUUCCCUUCAGCACCGAAUUCAAGGCUACCCUCACUGUCUUGAUGGUCUUCGACUAUGCUGGAUGCUGGAUCAUUGAGAAUGUGCUCAAGAGACUGUUCAGCGACUUCCGGCCGAAAGAUAUCGCUAUCCGCCGGCCGGAUCAACUCCAGCGGGAGGUGGAGCGCAAGCGCCAGGAAGCGCUGGAACAGCAGACGGAAACGAAGGUGUAAGAGGUUUUGAGACGAUUUAGGAUGUUGGGUACAUUAGAGAGACCUCUUCUAUCAUGUCCUGUCUAGAUAUAUACUUUGUUGUAGUGAGAGAGGCCUGGUUAUGACUUCGGCCUUGUGGAAGUAUGUUCAUAGAACGAAUGCAG